AUGGCGGGAGGCAACCCUGAGAAGGGACAGCGAUACAUCGCGUCCUUGGACCAGGCGCGGGCCCAAGGCAAAUGGGAUGAAGUACCUGAAUUGAUCCGGAAAGUGACGAAGCACGCACCGCAUCGCACUUGCGUUAUUCAGACUGCAACGGCCGAAUCUCGAGUUGUAACCUACCUCCAGCAGAAGAAAUCCUCCGAGUCGGCGUCGACGCCUAACCUUCCUGAGCUGAUCCCCGCGCUCUUGACCACCAUUGAGAUUAAUGACGGAACGCCGGAAGAGAUCGUCCAGGCGCAGGUAUGCCUAGGAUGGAUCCAUUGGGCAUUGAGUGAGCCAGCGCUGGCUGCAGGACGCUUACCGAAGGACUUUGCGACAACCGUGGAUGAAAUGGCCGCCGGAGGGCAGACGCGCUCUGCAUGGACGGAAGUCUGCCUGGUCAAGGGAUGCUAUAUCAAGGGGGCUGCGCAAGCUACGGUUGCUGGAAUAGAUGAAACACUGGAGACUUUUGCUUCCUUGAUACCCUGGCUAAGCAGCGGGAAAUUGAGCUCGAAUAACGCUCAAUUCCUAAGCUGGACCGAGACUUUACUAUGCAAAGGUGCUAUACUGGCCAGCGAGGAGGCACGUAACAGUUCCCCAUACUCCGACCCCAGACAUGUGGAGAUUGCGCUUCGGCUGUUCCGACUUUGGGCAGCUCUCCCCGCAGUGAAGCAAGGGUUGACUGCUCCCAAGCCUUCCCACCUUGACGUAUCCACCUCGCUCUCCCGAACCUCUAUUUGGAAGGCGUAUUAUGGAUUCCUCACGACUGUGCUACAGGGUGGAUUGGUCUACACUGCUCCUAAUGAUGGUCCGGAACGCCCCCAACUAGCCAGUGAACUCCGUCGCAUAGAAUCGAUUUGUGAGAACAAUCUUCUUCGAGAGGUCAAAUUCCCAACUGCCAGUUCCGAUAACUUCGAGGUUGAAGAAUGGGUGGAACGAGUCAUCGGUAACUGGGAAGUUCUCUGUGGACCCCAUUGGCAGGAUCAAGAUCUGGGCGAAGGCGGACAAAACACUGUGGGGCGCAAUGUUUUGGAUAUCCUCUAUCGUGCGGCAACCAAAACAUACCAUUCCCACCUGAUUUUGCGGCGUCUGUUUCAUGUUCAUUCCGCCUUGGCGGACUUUGACCUUGCCUUUCAGGCUCUCGAUUCCUAUAUCGAGAUCGUCACUGGUGCCAAGGAGAGGGCUGAGAAGGGUGCUGAGUAUGGCGAGCUAGAGAAGGCUGAAAUCUUCUUACAGACUCUCUCCGAAGGUGUCACUUUGUUGAGCUGCCUCGGUUCCUUCGACGAGGCCGAAAAGGCCAAGAAUUUGACCGAAUUGAUUAGAACCCAUCUGGACAAGCAGGGGGCAAGCAUACCAGAUGGGAAAGCCAAUGGCAAACUACUGCUUACCCAAGGCCCGGGCUCUACCACAUCCCCUGAGAUCUCCCCCGCUGUUCUGGCCACUGCUUACAGGGCAGUUGGGGUUGGUCUCGCGAAUUGGGCAAGCUUUACCCCUCAAAAUGAAGCACGAGAUGAGAUCCGUGGGGAUGCUGUGGAUUACCUGCUGAAGAGUGCAUCCCCUUCGCUGGGCAAACAAAUGAGCUACUCAACUCUGUACACCUUGUCUCUUGUUCUCGCAGAAAAUCGUGACCUAGACACUGCGAUUGAGUAUGUCAAAUCUGCAUUGACUUCUCAUGGUUGCUCUGAUAUGUCCGAGGACCUUUCAAGAGAACGAGACCUCGUCCCCAUGUGGCACUUGCUUGCUCUGCUGCUCAGUGCGAAGAAUGAGUUUGAUAUCGCCGAACGUUCUUGCGAAGCAGCAUUCGAGCAGUUCCCUCCGGAGGUAUUUGGCAAGAGCCACAUUGACAAACGAGCCGAGCGACGUUCAUCAAGGUAUUCGUCGCACUCUAAGGAACGGGAAUCCAGCUCCAAGCGAUCUCUCGUGAGUCGAUUGCAUGGCCGAGAGAAGGAGCGCAUCCUCCAAACUCGCAUCACACAACUUGCUUUCGUUGAAGUGAUCGAGGGCCCCGAGGCUGCCGUCAACCAGAGUGGGCAAUUGCUGAGCCUUUUCGCCACACUAUUCAGUGACCUCAAUCUCGACAGCGAAGGCACUAAACCUAAGACCGAACACUUGGUACCACCCAAGAGCUCCGCUGGCACAGCUCGGAGCUUCCGUGGCAGCAUAUUUAGCCGUAGUCGAACCUCUCACCUACCAGACCGUCGAACCAACUACUCUACGGGUUCUAUUCCAGCUGUGCCGCCCCUUCCAAAUGGCAACACCGGUGGAGCCGAAGCACCGGCUAUUCAGAUUACGGAUGAAGACCGAGGGGGCCAUCAAAGCCCUUCGUCUCUCGGAAGGUCUGACUCCAAGAGACUGAAGAAGCGCAGCAGCAGCUUCCAUAAACACGAGAGACCCCGAAUUGAGGAGCCUCCACUGCCAAAUGGGACAGAGUCUCCUGAAACAGUGGGAAUUGCGGUUUCUGAAAACCCAUCCCCCAAGGCGACAUUUCAUGCCGCAAGUGGCAGACAGCCAUUGCAGCCGAUCGCACAUAAUAUCCAUCAUAGACAACAACCAGCCCCGGCUGGUCAUGAACACAACCCACCAAUGCAAGACACUCGACUUCCACCCCCGCACCGCUUUGAUUCUCCCACGCUUGCCACGACAAAGUUCUCAUACGCCCAGUCUCAGAAGCAUGCUCUUGGGUUGCUUGUCAAGAUCUGGCUAAUUAUCGCUGGUCUAUACCGCCGAGCAUCCUUAUUUGACGACGCUCGGGAGGCAUGCCAAGAGGCCUGGAAGCAGACCUCGCGUGUGGAAACACUGACGGCAUCUUUCGAGUCAUCGGCUCGAGCUUUUAGCAAGCGUGGUUGGGAUAAUACUAAGAGCUCCGAAGAGCUGUGGGCUGAUGUCUAUGCUGAGCAAGGCCUGUUGGCACUGAGCCAGUCAAACCCUCAUCAGGCCAUGAAGCACUUCGAAGAUGCCCUUCUCCGAUGCCCCGAUCAUCCGACAGCAACGAUUGCGCUGGCCAACUUGCUUUUGGAUGUCUGGGACCAGAAGCUGCCGUUGGAGCCCUCGAAUGCUGACGUUGAUCUCAACGUAUCACGACUGUCACUCUUGUCUAACCUCCCUAAGCCGAAGGUGGCAAAUGCUAUCUCAAUCGAUGAGUUGAAGGGACCUGAUGCUGAGACUCUACCCACGGCUGAGGCAUCCUCGUCGCCGCAUGAUGUUGAUCCAAAGCACCUGCACCGCUUGGCAGCCCGAGAUCGCGCUUACGGUCUGCUCUCGUCGCUGACCAAGCUUGGCAGCUCGUGGGACAACUCGGAGGCCUGGUAUGCCUUGUCACGGGCAUAUGAAGCGGGUGAUCAGAUCGACAAGCUUAAGGAUGUUCUGUGGUGGUGUAUUGAGCUUGAGGACCGCCGGCCCAUUCGGCAUUGGUCUAACAUUGGAUCUGGGUUGUAUGUUCUUUGA